GCGCGCGGCGGGCGCAUGGCGAGCGCGGGCGGCGAGCGGGCGCCGCUGCUGGGCGCGCGGCGGGCGGCGUUCGCGGGCCGGCGCGCGGCGUGCGCGGCCGUGCUGCUGACGGAGCUGCUGGAGCGCGCCGCCUUCUACGGCGUCACGGCCAACCUGGUGCUGUUCCUCAACGGCACGCGCUUCGGCUGGGAGGGGGCGCAGGCCAGCCAGGCGCUGCUGCUCUUCAUGGGCCUCACCUACCUGGUGUCUCCGUUCGGCGGCUGGCUGGCCGACGCGCGGCUCGGCCGGGCGCGCGCCAUCCUGCUCAGCCUGGCCCUCUACCUUUUGGGCAUGCUGGCCUUCCCGCUGCUGGCCGCGCCCGCCACGCGCACCGCGCUCUGCGGGGCCCCGCGCCCCACGCGCGUCGGCAACUGCUCGGCGCCGCCCUGCCCGGACGCGCCCGAGCGCUACUGCGCGCCCGCCGCGCUGUCCGCGCUCGCGCUCGUGGGCCUGGGCGUGGGCGCGGUCAAGGCCAACAUCACGCCCUUCGGCGCGGACCAGGUUAAAGAUCGAGGUCCAGAGGCCACGAGGAGGUUUUUCAACUGGUUUUACUGGAGCAUCAACCUGGGAGCCAUCGUCUCGCUGGGCGGCAUCGCCUACAUCCAGCAGAACGUGAGCUUCGUCACCGGCUACAUCAUCCCCACCGUCUGCAUCGGCGUGGCGUUCGUGGUCUUCCUCUGCGGCCAGACCUCCUUCGUCAGCAAGCCUCCCGACGGCAGCGCCUUCACCGACAUGGCCAAGAUCCUGGCGUACUCGUGCUGCCCACAGCGGCGGCCCAGCGGGUUUGUUUUUGGAAGUCUUUGGCCCAAUUACAGAAGGACUAACCCACGGAAGAGCUGGUGGUCUCGAGAAUUCUCCAGCCGUGCUCUCCUCACGCACACGCUGGGGCUCUGUGACCUCGGGCAGAUGUCUCGAGGAGGGCCCUUCCCGGAAGAUAAAGUGGAAGACAUGAAAGCUCUUGUCAAGACUGUCCCCGUUUUCUUGGCUCUGAUACCUUACUGGACAGUGUAUUUCCAAAUGCAGACAACGUACGUUUUACAGAGUCUUCAUUUGAAGAUUCCAGAAAUUCCCAGUAUUGCAACCGCUCAUCAUACGUUUCCGGCGGCCUGGCUGACCAUGUUCGAUGCCGUGCUCAUCCUGCUGUUGAUCCCCCUCAAAGACAAAGUGGUGGACCCCGUCCUGAGGCGGCACGGCCUGCUGCCCUCGUCCCUGAAGAGGAUUGCAGUCGGGAUGUUCUUUGUGAUGUGCUCGGCCUUUGCCGCAGGAAUUUUGGAAAGCAAAAGGCUGGACCUCGUUAAGGAGAAGACCAUCAACCAGACCAUCGGGAACGUGGUUUACUACGCGGCCGACCUGCCCAUCUGGUGGCAGCUCCCCCAGUACGUGCUGAUCGGCGUCAGCGAGAUAUUCGCCAGCAUCGCGGGCCUGGAGUUCGCGUACGCGGCCGCCCCCAGGGCCAUGCAGAGCGCCGUCAUGGGCUUGUUCUUCUUCUUCUCCGGCGUCGGCUCGUUCGUGGGCUCCGGGCUGCUGGCGCUCGUGUCCCUCAAGGCCAUCGGCUGGAUGAGCAGCCACACGGACUUCGGCAACAUCAAUGGCUGCCACCUGAACUAUUACUUCUUCCUGUUGGCCGCCGUUCAGGGAGCCACCCUCCUGCUCUUCCUCAUCGUCUCCGUGAAGUACGACCAGCAGCGGGCCAGAGCCGGCGGCACGCCAGCCCCCAGGAGGGCCUGACGCCCCGCGCCCCCCGGGUCCGCCGGACGUCGGGCCCGUCGGCAGGGGCGCCGGGGAGCGGCGAGGUGACGUCCCCGCCGUGGCAGGCUCCCCGCUAAGACUUGCAUGGUACUGGAUUGGUGUCUUUCCUUCCAGCCGGUGACCUAGGUAAGUGCCUUCCCGUGGAGUGUCUCCUGUCACCCCGCACCUUCCUGGAGCAGAAACGCGGACGUGGCCUCAGCUCUGAAGAGCCCCGCUCGCCCCGCGGUGGCUCCCUCCCCGCCGAUCACCCACCGACUUGGGACACGACACCCUGAAUUGUAAACAAGUUUCAUCUCCUUCCCAUGAAGCGUGGUCUUGCUUUCUUCUUCUUUUUGAUGAAUAAACGUCUAUUUAUAUCACGGAACGGGAGGACUUGCUAAGGAAUUCAAGAGCGUGGGCAGGUGCUGCAGAGGUUCCGUGGAAGAGCCGCCUUGAUGGCCACAAGCCUUGGCGCGGGCCGGCAGAGAGCGCAGCUCACCCGCUGCUUCAGACAACACUUGUUUAAACCGCUGACGUUGCUUUUUUGUCAUUUCCUUAACGUGCUCCCUGGUUAAGGAACGUUAAGGAGCACGGCUCCCACCACAGUCCGCAGAGCAACUUACCGCGUUUUAACCUCGUGGGUCAGCCCUCGUGUACGCUUUCACUAGUUUGCCGCUGAGACCAGAGACCGUGGGGGGUGGAAGGGAAACCUUCUGAGCAGCAUGGGUGGCAUUAAAGAUGACCGGAGGUGUGAAACGUGACGUCAGCUGUCGACGGUCACCGACUUGGGUGGCGUUGGUUUACGUGUAUGCAGGGUUCUGAUUUUGUUAAUAAACUAUUCUUUGUUCGUUGCUGUA